GGCGAUCAUAGUUCAAAAGUUCGUACCGUCAUUCGUUGUUUGAUCUCCCUGAAGCGAGCUGAUCCGGAUGCCAAGGCGAUAAUUUUUAGUUCUUGGAUUUCAGUACUGGUCACUUUGGCGGGCGCUUUCGAGGGAAAUAGCAUCGCGUAUACCACCCUAUUGCACGCUCGUGAUGCCUGUCAACCGCACCGUUUACAUGCCUGGCAGACACAAGGAUCAGCUGUAUGGUGCCUUUUAUUGCCUGUGCAAAUGGGAGCCAAUGGUCUGAAUCUGACGGCAGCCAACCAUCUCCUUCUUGUGGACCCUGUACUUAGCCUUGGUCGCGAAGCGCAGGCUAUUGCUCGGAUGCACCGAAUCGGACAGACGCGGUAA